GCCCUGCGCUGUGGCCGGAUCCGGCUCGGCUCGGCUCGGCUCGGCUCGGCGCUUUGUCCUGGCUCGGCUCGGCCCGGCCCUGCGCUGUGUCCGGAUCCGGCCCGGCUCUGCCCUGCGCUUUGUCCUGCCCCGGCUCGGCUCGGCUCGGCUCGGCUCGGCUUGGCCAUGCUGGCUGCCCCAUGGCCCCUGUGGAGCACGACGCCCUGGCCGUGCGGGAGCAGCUUUUCCACGAACGGGUCCGCGAAUGCAUCAUCUGCGCCCUGCUCUUCGCCAGCCUCUACAUCCUCUGCCACUUCAUCGUAACCCACUUCAAGAAGCAGACGGACUUCGCGGCAGUUCACGAUGACGAGGACGCUGCUGUCAACAGGAUUGCGCUGGGGAUGUGCACCUUCACCCUGGCCGUGGCGCUGGGUGCCGUGCUUCUGCUCCCCUUCUCCAUCAUCAGCAACGAGGUGCUGCUCUCCUUCCCCCACAACUACUACAUCCAGUGGCUGAACGGGUCCCUCAUCCACGGCCUCUGGAACUUGGUCUUCCUCUUCUCCAACAUGUCCCUUGUCUUCCUCAUGCCCUUCGCGUACUUCUUCACCGAGUCGGAGGGUUUUGCGGGGUCCAAGAAGGGCAUCAUGGCCAGGGUGUACGAGACGUCGGUGGUGCUGCUGCUGCUGACGCUGCUGGUGCUGGGCAUGGUCUGGGUGGCCUCUGCCAUCGUCGGCAACAACGCGGCCAGUCGCCAGUCCCUCUACGACCUCUGGGAGUACUACCUGCCCUACCUCUACUCCUGCAUCUCGCUCUUCGGCGUGCUGCUCCUGCUGCUGUGCACCCCCUUUGGCCUCUCCACCAUGUUCACCGUCACGGGGAAGCUGCUGGUGAAACCCCGGCUUCUGGAAGACCUGGACGAGCAGCUGAGCUGCACGAGGUUCGAGGAAGCCGCCGUGUCCCGCAGGAUCGCGUCCGGCAAAGCUUCCUGCUGGCUGAACCUGAACGUGGGGCUGCUGCGGGAGCAGCUCCUCGCCAUCCAGAGCAAAAGGCGGAAGCUGGAGCUGCGGCACCGAGCCUCACCCUGGCAGAGGAACCUGGGCUACCCCCUGGCCAUGCUGGGCCUCCUGGCGCUGACAGGGAUCUCGGUGCUCAUCGUCUGCUUCCACGUCCUGGAACUGUUGCUGGACGAUGCCGCAAUGCCACGGGGUAUCCAGGAUGCGCCCCUGGGCCAGGUCUCCUUCUCCAUCUUCGGCACCUUCGGAGCUGCCCUGCAGGUCAUCCUCAUCUUCUACCUGAUGCUCUCCUCCGUCGUGGGCUUCUACAGCUCCCCCCUCUUCACCCGGCUGCUCCCUGAGAAGCAGGACACCCCCCUCACCAAGAUCAUCGGGAACUGCGUGUCCUUGCUGGUGCUCAGCUCUGCCCUGCCCGUCUUCUCCAGGACGCUGGGGAUCACCCGCUUUGACCUCCUGGGGGAUUUUGGCCGCUUCAACUGGCUGGGGAACUUCUACAUCGUCUUCCUCUACAACAUGGGCUUUGCGGCGCUCACCACGCUGUGCCUGGUGAAGAAGGUGACCUGGGCCGUGCAGGAGGAGCUGCUCCGCGCCUUUGGUCUGCACAAGCUGCCGCUGCCCGUGCCACGCUCCCGGCCCCUGGGCGAGCGCUGCUAGGGCUGGGGGGACGAGGCUGUCCCCUCCCCACCCCGAGGACGGCUGCAGCGCUGGUCCCGAUGCCGCCGGGUGCGUCAGGGAUGCUGGAGCCCCCCAGGAGGAGCUGAGCCUCCAGGAGGGGGCCUGGCUGUGCCCCCCCCCCCCCAGUCCUAUCUCAGCCUGUUGCGCUACUGAGCCUUGGCCUUGAGCCGUGCCCCCGUCAGGGGACUGCAGCUCUCGGGGCUGUGCUGGCUGCAGCCCCCCCACUCCUUUAUAUACCUCGUGGGGCCGG